AUGUUAGUCGUAUUCAUGGAGUUCAAUCACUCGGUGGCAACAGAGCACGUCGUUGGUGAUUCCUUUGGUUGGGCAGUGCCACAAAAUGACGGUCUCUAUGUUAUGUGGUCACUAAACCAUACCUUCAAAAUCGAUGACACUCUUGUCUUUAAUUUUGUUAAUGGAUUUCAUAAUGUUGCAGAAGUAACGAAGAAGGCAUACGACAACUGCGACAUCCAAAACCUAAUCUCAAUUCAAACCACCAGCCCCGCUAGAUUUACCGUAAACAAUAUCGACAACCACUAUUACAUUUGCACCAUACGCUUGCACUGCAAGUCCUUUUUGAAAUUAGCGAUUAGGGUUUCCGUCCCUAACAUUUCGUCUGCAAUGUUAUCUCAUUGA